AUGAGUUUAUAAUUUUUCAAUCCUCUAAUUAUUACAAUCCUUCUAAAAUUACAAAUUGUCUAAGCAUCUAGAUGUGAAAUUACUUAAUUUGAAACUAAUCAAGUAUACAUAUCAAAAAUACCAAAUUUUAUGUUAAUUGAGAGUGAUACAAAUGAUAAUCUUUAAUACUUUAAGUUGAGCAUAAUUAAUGAAAUAAUUAAAGUAUCGUAUUAGGGAGAAGAAUAAAUCAUUUCAUCGUUAAUAGUCGAUCCAAUAAAUUUUGAAACUUACACCGGAUUAUUAUUUUGCAAAUUGUUAAAGGGCUAACACUAUUUUAUCACUUGUAUGAAUGAUUUAAAUUUUUAUAGUGAAAAGAAUUAACAUAUGAAUUAAAUUGAUUCAUUAAUAUUGAAUCCUUCAAUAUAGAGCAACGAUAUUUGUGAAGAAUAUUUUUUUAAUGAUCAUUCAGAAUUUUUAAUUUUCUGUUUUAAUUCAUAUAUGUUCAAUAUAUAUAGUGUCAAUUUUAAUAAUACAACUACUUUAAAUUUAAGUUUUUAGAGGAAUUUCGAAGAAUAUAUUUAAUGUAAAAGAAAAUAUGCCAAAUUAGAUGAGAAUAUCUACAUUUUAGCAUUUUAUUAAUGUUAAAGUUGGGGAGUAUUUUCUUAUUAUAAUAACAAAUUAAAAAAAAUUUUGGAUGAAUAAAUUGCAAUACAAUAUGUAAAUUAAAUGAAUACAUAAAUUGAGAAUAUUGAAUUAUGUUUAAGUAAACGUUCGCUAUCAAAAUAAUUAUAUUUGAUUACGGAAACAGGAUACCAUCUUUAUUUUUUUAAUGAGGUUUAUGAAUUACAUUUUACUUAUUAUUCUGAAAACCCUAAAAAAUUAAAAAGUCUAAUAUUCACAGAAACUUGUAAUGCAUUGUAUUCAGUAACUUACCUUGAAGCUGAUAAUAAAACCAUAAUUAAAAAAACUUCAGGUUCUUUAGAAUUUGAAGGUACAUUAAUUAAAAGUUAAUUAAUUAAAGAUAUUCUUUUUAUAUAAACUCAUAAUAAACUUUAAAUUUAUUUCAAUGAAUUGAUAUAUUAACAUAUUUAAAUGAAUACUUCCCAUUUAGUAUUUUAUGAUAAUUUUAAUUUAAUAUAAUAAGUAGAUGAAAUAAAUAAAGAAAUUAAAUUUUACAAAUUUUCAUAUACAAAAAAUAUGUUGAAACCAACUAAAAAAUAUCUUUUUAUAAUCUCAAGUUCUUUAUACCAAGAUUCAUAUUAUAAAGAAUGUAUUGAAGUAAAAAAUGUUGCUAAUAUUGAACAAGGGCAUACAAUUUUAAAUUUUAAUUAUAAAUGUUAAACUUCUACUUAAUUGUUUAUAAAAAAGAAUGAUUUAGCUCUACCUUUUGAAUAUUAAAUUUUAUUGCCUUAAUAAUCAUUAGAUUUUAUGAAUAUUUAUGAUAAAUAACCCUUUAUUUAAACUUGUCCAAUAUUAAGAAGAUAACAUUUUAGUGAAAGCAACUUAAUUUUUUAUACAGAUAAUUAAGGUGGAUUUAUCUCAAUGCAAUCUAAAAAUAGUAUAUAAACAUUUCUUUGUGAUGGUACAAAUACAUUUAAAAUAAAUACAGCAACUUAUGAAGUAUCUUAAUAUAAGAAUUUUGUGCUUGUAAUGAACAAAAGUGAAAGAAAAUUAAAAUUUUUCGAUUUAUUAAAAAUUCAUGAAGGAAUUAUAGAAAUAAAAGUGAAGAGUGAAAUCAUAAAUAUACUUCAAUUUGAUAAAUAUAUUUCUAUUAUAACCCAAAAUUAAACUGAUUUUAUGAUACUCAAUUUGGAUAGUUUAAAUGAAAUCGAAUUAAAUGAGAAUACAAAAAGACUAUUAUAUAAUUUAUUUCAACAUUCUUUAUCUUCAUCUAAAACAAUGAAACAAAAUCCUUUAUUAAAUUGUUCUUUUUUUAUUUCAGAUGAAUUUCCCUCAUAGAUAUAUUUUAAGGAAUAUUUAAUACUUCAAUUAAAUUAAGGAAGUUCAAUCUAAAAAAUGGAUAAUAUUUAAAUUGUUUAUAUGAAAAAGAUUAUUGUACGUGGAUUAUAAUAUUAUUUGGCAGUACAUCUAAAUUUUAAUAAUAUAAUUGAAUAUUUUUAUGAUUUAGACCAUUUAUCAAUUUUUAAUAAUUAAACAUUAGACGAAUAUUAAAUUAUUAGACCAUUGAGAUACUAAAUGAAUAGUUAAUAUUUUGCAUUAGCUGGUAAAAAUGGUAUCAAAAAUUACAUUUUGAUAUAUGCUAUUUACAUUUCAAAACCAAUAAAAUUAAUUAAUGUUAUUAAAACAAAUAGAUUAUAAUUCUUUUUCAAAGAUAAUGACUUGAUUUAUUAUGAUGAUAAGGAUGAGAUUAUGAUUUUGAGCCUUACUAACUUUUUUGUGUAAAUUACUAAAAUAUUUCCAUUAGAUAAAGAUAAUAGUAUGACUAAGAGAAACUUCACAUUUUACAUAGUACCUUUGAAUAAAUAAUAAUCUAAUUUUGAGAUUGAAUUUGAAGUGAGAAGCUCUAAUCUUUGUUAGUAAAUUUACAACAGAAACAAUAUUCUUUAAGUUAAAUUUUCAAUCUCAAACAAUAUAGCCUUUAAUAUAUAAGAUUAUUUUGAUGGUCCAAUUAAUAGAAUCAAAAUUUUAAAUAAUGAUAAUAUUAUUAUUAAAGGUCCAAUACUUUUAUCAGAGAAUUUAAUAAAUCAAUAAGAGAUAGGAUCAAUAAAUAUAACGAAAAUUCCAUUACCAAAAUUAAUGUAAGAAUUUCCCAAUAAAAAAGAAGGCAUCUUAAUUAAAUUAGAUGAAGAAUAAUAAAUCAUGAUUCCAAAUAAAUUGAAAUUUUUUAAAUCUUAUGGAGAAGUUAUUGUAAUUAAUGAUGAAUUGAAUAUAUUGGCAUUUAUUGAAGUAAAAAAUAAUAAUAUAUCAUUGUCUAUUUUAAAAUUGGAUGAAAAUCUUGAUUCUUUCAUAGAAAUACAAAAAAUUAUGAUUAGUGAUUUAUUUUUAGACAUAUCUUAUUAAGAUACUAUUAAAAAUACAGGAAAUUUAAUAAUAUUUAAAAGAAGGAAUAGUCAAUGUAUUAUUUAUUCUAUUAACAUGACAGAAAUUUAUUUCUAAGAAAAUGAUUUAUCUUUAUUAUAAAUUAUAAAAGUAAAAGGAUAAAAUGAUUUUUACAUUUCACUUAGUAAAUAGAAUAAUGGAUUUAAAAUAUUAUUUCAUCUUUUAUCUCUUAAAUUAAAUAAAUUUUAAGAGAUUGGUUAAACCAUAAUUUAUAAAUCAACAAUUAUUCUUGAGUUAAAUGAUCAUUUUCAACUUGAUGAUAAUGAUUUUAACAUAAAUUAAUAAAUAGAUUUUUUAGAAUGUACUCUAUUUCAAGAAGAAAUAAAUUUAUUGAUUUUAUAGAUCUUUACAAGUUUUUCUAUAAUAGCCAAAAUUUAAAUUAAUUUAUAAGACUUUUCAUCUUCUUAUAAAGUUAUGAAAAUUAUUAGAAAUAUUGAUGAAUAAAAUAUAUUCACUUUGGCAUUUUAUAAUAAAAAUGUCUUGCUUUUAAAGUCACCUGAGAAUUUCAUUUAUAUUUAUAAUUUUUAAUAUGAGAGGAAACUUUAUGAUUAUAUUGGUAGUUUUAAUUUAAUUGAUUGGAAUUUCUACCCUUUAAAUACUACUCACUUAUUUAUUUAUACUGAUUUAGGUGAUAAAUUAUUUAUAGGGGAAUCUGGAUACUUAAUUUAGGUUAAUGAAGAAAAUAAUUAAAAAAAUACUUUUAUAUUGAUUGCUUAAAAUGAAGUAUCAGAGGCUGGACUUAAGGUAUUUAUUGAAGUACCUUAAACAUAACAAUUAAAUAUAAAUUAAUAUACCAUUUGGAUAUUAUCGGGACUAGUUUCUGCUUUAAUUAUUUUAUAUUUUCUUAGAAGAAGAUUUAGAUUAAAGUAGUAAUGGAAAUAUAAUAAUUAUAAAUAUUGA